AUGGCACUGCUGCAGACACCCUUGCGCGACAAGAGGUUCUAUAUAAAGGUUGCAUCAUGUGCCACAUCCGUCCAAAUCCAAUGCUUGCCGCCAACCAGUACUGCAGCCAAGUACCACGGUCUUCGGGUGUAUCUUCAAGUGCAGGUAAUAUUCAAGACACAAUGGGGAUGGCAGCUGCACGAUGAUCACUUAGAGCCAUGCACGACAGAUAUGCCACCUGUCCCACAUUCUCUGUUGAAGGUGAUUAAGAGCAGCUGUAGAACAGAUUACCUCCCCAACAGGCCGGCUACAUCGUCGUUGGGACUUGGGGGCACAUACCGCCCCAGAUGCCAGGCCUUGAGAAAGCUGGAGGAAGAUCGAAAGGCCAACAUGCAACUCAAUGAAUACCCACCGACAGAAAACCCGAGCAAGACGAGAAACCGGUGUCGGAAUAUCUGGAGAUUCUUUGCUGAACCCAGCUCUUCUAUACCCGCCAAGAUCUACGGCUAUAUCUCACUGUCCAUCAUCUUCAUCAGCAUCUUCUCCUUCUGCGCUCAAACCCACGCCGUGUUCCGGGUGCACGAGAACCGACGAGUGCUCAACGAGACAGCCGUGGAACAUCUCAAGGCUGCUCACCCAAUCUCUGCCGCUGCGAACGAGGCUGCUGCUGAUGCCCUAGCACUGGCAAACCCGGCCUACUCUGGGGCAGAGAGGCUGAGUACUGUCCUACCGAGGGCGAACAAUUCCUCUCUGGAGAGCUUUGAGGAGAGAUAUUAUUACACAGUGAAGCGGGAUGCUCCUCACCCAGUGCUGUACUACAUGGAUGUGGUCUGUCUGGUCUUCUUCCUGCUGGAGCUGACCUCCCGCUGCCUGGUGGCGCCUCACAGGCUCCGGUUCCUCGUGCUGCCUAUGACCAUCAUCGAGGUGCUGGCUCUGAUGCCGGACAUUAUAGACGUGCUGGCGAAGCUCUUCAGUCGGACGUACAGCGAGUACGAAGAGAUCAUCGGUUUCCUGAGCUUUAUGCGACUGCUGAGGGUGUUCCGUAUCUUCCGCCUGAUGAGACAUAUCCCUGGGCUCUGGAUCUUGUUCUACACUCUCAAGGCCAGCAUAAAGGACCUGCUGUUGCUUCUACUGUUCGUAUGCGUGGGCAUGCUAAUCUUCUCGUCCUUGAUUUACUUCGCGGAGUUCGAGACCCAAGAAGACUUCUCCUCGAUCCCAAAAUGCUUCUGGUGGGCUGUCAUCACCAUGACAACCGUAGGCUAUGGCGAUAUGUAUCCAGUCACGAACUGGGGCUACCUUAUUGGCACCGCAACAGGCAUUUCUGGUGUACUCAUGAUUGGUUUUACAGUUCCAGUGUUGGUCAAUAACUUUGUCAUGUAUUAUCAGCACACACAGAGCGCUAAGUAUCGCGCGCAAAGGCGAGAAAGUCACGGGAGCGGAUCUGGAAGUCGCUUGAAUCUCAAAAACAUGGCUGGUGGAAUGGGUGGGUUUUCCGGAGGUUUUGGGGAGAGGCUGAUGGGGAUAGGUAGCUUCAACAUGCGCAAAGAGUCGGACGACGACGUGGAUUCAAAUGCCAAUGAGAAAAGAGGCACAGGAAGUAAAACCUUGAAUGGCAUAGGUGUUUACGGUGAAGACGAUGUAAAUGAAGAAACAAAUGAGCAAGCUACAGAUGAUAACGACGAUGACGAAGCUGUGCGAGAAACAUCCCUUCUCUGAUGUCGAAGCUUUAUGAAGAAUUGCUUUUAUCUUGCCUACUUGUCGUAAAUUCUAACUCAAUUCGGAGUUUUUUAAAAUAUUUUAAAAGAGGCUGAUGAUAUCUAAAUCCAGUACUUUUACAAAUUGAGUAGAACGGACACGGAGAAAGAGAGAGAAGGUGGGGAUGAAAAAGAAAAGAGCGGAGUGGACAAACAGAUCACUGACGGAAAGAAAAACACGUCUAUACAGGGGGUAAUUAUUAUCUGAGUGAGCACGUGUAGUUCGAAAUGGUAAAGCAUGGGUUGUAAGCUCAUGUUAACACAUCUUAGAAUCAUAAAAGAAGAAAGGACGUUGUUGUCUUAGAUAAAAUUGAGAUUGUGCAGGGAAAAUCUCAACAAACAGGAUACGUUCCGAAAAUUUCCCGAACCGAAUUAGAACCGCGGUCGCGCGCUUCGCAGUUCAGCUUGUUUCCAACCUCAGUAAUGGUGCGACCAGUCGCUACCUUAGUUUUAUAAAGUUCUAUCUGUUCUGUACCCAGUUUUGAUAAAUUUGACGUCAACAAUUUUGAGUU